AUGGUGGGACCAGGUUCUUCAGGUGGAGAUUUACGAACUCCACAGUUUGAUGGUGCAAACUAUGAUUUUUGGGCUGUCAAAAUGGAGACUAUCCUCAUAGCACAUGAUCUAUGGGAUGUAGUUGAGGUCGGAGUACAACCUGAGCCGAUUCUUGAGGAGGAAGAAGGCUCUGGAGGUGGCUCUAGAGGUGAAGGAAGUGAGGCUGAGCACGUUCCAGUGGAAGCACCCACCAUCUCCAGAGAAGAUAGAAUCAAAAACGCCAAGGCACUAAGUCUCAUUCAAGGAGCUUUAAUUGAUGAGCUCUUCCCUCGCAUCAGAAAUGAAAAGACUGCAAAAGGAGCUUGGGAUACUCUGAGAAGAGAGUUCAGAGGAGAUAAAAAGGUUAGAGCUGUAAAAAUUCAAGCUGUUAGAGCAAAUUUUGAGUAUAUGAGAAUGACAGAUGGUAAAAGCUUAGAUAGCUAUUUGGCUAGAUUCUUUGGAACUGUGAAUAAUCUUAAAUCCCUUGGUGAAGAUGUGUCUGAAACAAGAAUUGUGCAAAAACUUUUGAUGAGUCUAAGUAGAAGAUAUAAGUCCAUUGUGUCUAUUAUUGAAGAAACUCGAGACCUUGAUGUUCUUAGAGUUGAAGAGGUCAUUGCCUCUGUCAAAGUCUAUGAUAAAAGGGAGGACUUGCAUGAUGAAAGAGAUAAAUUGGCUGGAACUGAGAGAGCUUUUAGCAGCCUCAAGGUUGGAAAUAACCAAAUCCAUGGUACUCAUAAGGGCUCACAGAGUAUACCAAAUCAAAAGUGGCAGGGACAAGACAAAAAGGGAUCUAAUUGGUCUCAAAAUGGAAGCUUGAACAACAAUAAUGGCUCAAGCUGGAAUAAUAGUGUUGGAGGAAAUUGGAACAAUAACUUCAAUUCACAGAACAAGCAAGGAAGUAGCAGUCAAGGAAGUGUGAAACCACAGUGCCAAGUAUGUCAGAAGUAUCAUUUUGGUGUGUGCAGACACAAAGGCAAACCUAGAUGUGGAAAAUGCAAUCGAUCUGGUCAUACUGCAAAGGAUUGUGUUAGUCACAGUCACAAACAAGUAGCCAACUAUGUAAAGGAAGAAGAAGUAACUACAGGAACUAUGUUCUAUACUUGUCACUCUGCAAGUUUGCAAGAUAAAAGUGUAUGGUUUAUGGACAGCGCCUGCAGCAACCACAUGACCUCUCAAGAGUCUGUGUUAAUAAACAUUGACAGAACUGUGACUUGUAAAUUUAAAAUGGGCACUAGAGAUCUUGUACAAGCAACUAGAAAAGGCACUCUAGUGGUUGAAACUUAG